CUGUCACAAACGUCAAAACCUACUACCAUAAAGCGAUUUGUUGCCUUGCAAAGAAGUUUUGGUGUAGUUAAAAAAGUGGUUAACGAAUUAGUGCCUGCUGUUUCAUCACAAAAAGGAAGAUCUGACACCGCAGCUAUGGGUCGAAAGCAAAAAAAGUACAACUUGUUUGCACAGAAGAAGCGUGAGAGGAAAGAAGCCAAUUCGAACGGGUCGCAGGAUCGUCCAUCCGAGCCGUACCAAGAAAUCAUCCGCGUCAAUGAGUUGUUCCUCAAGUACUACAAGCAUCAGCAAAUCUGUCCCGAUUCCGAAUGGGACGAAUUCGUGAAAUUCAUUUCAUCCGAUUUGCCAACAACGUUCCGCAUAACAGCUAGUCGUGGCGAGGCGCAAACACUGUUGGACAUAAUAAAAAGUGAAUUUUUUGCCGACUAUCUGAAAGGAGCCGAUGAAAUUCAAACUAAAACCGGCUGUAAAUUCGAGAAACCAAUGUCACUUCCGUGGUAUCCCAAUGAGCAUGCAUGGCAAUUGGAAUUGACGCGAAAAGACAUUCGUCGAUCGGAAGCUUUCUAUAAACUGCACAAUUUCCUUAUUGCCGAAACCAAUUCUGGAAGCAUCAGUAGACAAGAAGCAGUGUCUAUGAUACCGCCGAUUGUGUUAGACGUUAAACCGCAUCACAAGGUCUUAGAUAUGUGUGCUGCUCCCGGCAGCAAAACAGCACAGUUAAUUGAAGCAUUGCAUGUCGACAGUGAAAACUCUAUACCAAGUGGUUUUGUUGUUGCCAAUGACGUCGACAACAAACGAUGUUAUAUGUUGGUGCAUCAAGCUCGACGAAUGAAUUCACCUUGUUUUAUCGUCACCAACCACGACAGUUGUUUCCUACCGAAUUUAUUGAUGACUAAUUCGGAUGGGGAAAAGAGGGAAGUGAAAUUUGAUCGAGUGUUGUGCGACGUUCCAUGUUCAGGCGAUGGAACUCUCCGAAAAAAUCCAGACAUUUGGUUAAAAUGGAACCAAGGACAAGCACUGAAUUUGCAUGGAGUACAAUAUCGCAUUGCAAAGCGUGGAGCUGAACUGUUGGAGAUUGGAGGGCGAAUGGUCUACUCGACUUGUUCACUGAAUCCUGUAGAAAAUGAAGCGGUCCUUCAUCGUUUAAUCAAGGACAGUGAAGGUGCUUUGGAAAUUGUUGAUUCUGCAGCGUUAGUUCCUGGUCUGAAAUACCUACCCGGUAUGACCAAAUGGGACCUAGCAUCCAAGGACAUUGAAUGUUUUAACAAAUUCGAAGAUGUUCCGACAAAGUACCACACCGUCAUCCGUCCACAAAUGUUUCCUCCAAGCGUCGAAGAUGCAUCGAAGUACAAUCUUGAGAAAUGCAUACGGAUCUUACCCCAUCUUCAAAACACUGGAGGUUUCUUCGUCGCAUCCAUACAGAAAAAGUCGUACUUGCCGUGGGAGAAAGCUGCGAAGAAAGAGGACGCUAAGAAUUCCGACGAACAGAAUGUGAAUGAAACACAGGAUUUAGAUAAUGGCGAAAAGACCACUUCUGCUGGACCACAACAGAAGAAACGACGUUUGCAUUAUGGUUAUAAGGAGGAUCCGUACAUUUUCCUCACAGCCGACGAUUUGGCAUGGACACAGCUGAAGAACUUCUACAAACUCAGCGACGAAUUCAAUCCAUUGUGUUUACUGACAAGAUCAUCGAGUGAAAAGAAGAAAAAUAUUUACUUUUGUUCCGAACAGAUCAGAGACUUACUGCUGUGCAACGAGAGUUUAGUGAAAAUAAUUAACACUGGAGUUAAGUCGUUCGUACGAUGCGACAAUCGAAAUAUGCAGUGUCCGUUUAGAUUAGCUAAUGAAGGCCUCCCCAACAUUAACUAUAUGAUUGGACAAUGUCGUCGGCUAAACAUUACCAGAGAAGAUCUAAUAGCCUUGCUCAACAAUACAGAUCCCACGAAACCUCCGCCAUUAAAUACGUUAUCAAACGAGACACAGGAAAGUGUCAAGGACUUGGCUGCCGGUAGUUGUGUUUUGAAAUAUUCUGAUGAAAAGCUGACGAUUUCGCUGGUCGGUUGGAGGGGACAAACCAGUCUUCGAGCGUACACAGAUACCAAUGACACAUGUCACAUGCUUCGACUUCUGGGUGCCGAUGUAUCGAAAUAUGAUACAAACAAGUUCCAGAAGAACAAAACAACAGAUGAGGAGCAGGAAUUGGUUAAAAAUGUAGAUACCACAGAAAUGGAAUGUGUCGAUGACGCUGUGGCCGUGGAAUAGGGAAGAUUCGCCUUGUUUUGAUACACUGCGUUAAUAUUUUAUUACAAUAAACGGUCUCUACGGACUACGGAUUAUUUCUA